AUGGCCGCUAGAUCCCCGCUCGCGUCUUCAUCUCCCACGCCGAGGCCCAACCACGCGCCGCACCUCGCUGACUCCGACUCAUACAGGGAAAGAGAAAGGGAACGGGACAGAGGGAGAGACAUGGAAGAACGAGCUGGCUACGGCGCCGCCGCCGCUAUGAACCCAAAUCCCACCUCGUCCUAUUUCCCUCAUCAACCCGCCCAGCCCUCUUCCUCAUACACCUCGACUGCCGCCGCCGCUACCUAUUCUACUCCUCCUCAACGAACUGCUCCUCUGCGAUACGGCGAAGAUCAAGAGACGCAACACAACACUCUAGCCAACUCUCACACCGGGCACAGCCUGGCGCAAACCCUUCCUUUAGAGAGGGACGCCGCAAACCACGACAGCCCGAACGCCGCCAACAACAACCGCGCCAACCUGGCAGUACCUUUCGCUACGGCUCGCGGCAAGUUCACAGAAGAAUGGGAUGCGAGCCAAAGAGGGAGUAGCAUCAUUGAGGGUCACUCGUCCAACAUGCCUCGUUCCAACUCAUUCGUCUCCAACGGCGGGGAGGAUCACCUGAAUCUUCCCUCGCGCCACAACACCCUCAAGAAGAAGAACUCGCUGCGCAGAAACGGCAGCCUGAAGCGCAGUAGCAGUCGACGAAGCAUGAAGGCUGGAAGCGUGCGUAGCCUAGCUCUGCAGUCCUCUAACGACCCAGACGAAGUACACAGCGCAUUCCACUGCCCUGUUCCGACGUCGGGAAACCCAACCGAUGCUCUAGCCACCAGGUUCCAGUCAUGGCGCAAGAUUCUCAAAGACCUCAUUGCAUACUACCGCGAAAUUCAAACUCACUAUGAGCACAAGUCCAAAUCGUUAUUGAAGCUCGCCAACGUCGCCAAUAAUAUUUCUAGUCCACCCGGUUUCCUCGACUCGGGUGGCAUCGAUGAUGCGCUACAAAUACUGCGGAGCUACCACAAGGGCGCCAUUCUUGAAUCAAACAAGGCCAAGGAGAUCGAAGAGGAUGUCAUUUUAGCCCUCACUGGCCUGCGAAAUGACCUUCAUCAGAAGAUUAAGGAGAUCAAGAACUUGUCGGGCGACUUCAAAAACUUGGUAGACAAGGAGAUGGAUGGCACGAAGCGCGCUGUCAAGGCACUACAAGACACCUUGGGCCAGGCUGAUCUGGACCCGUCUUUAACGACCGGAAAGCAAGAUCCGUACCUACUGCGUCUCGCCGUCGACAGGCAGGUUGAGCGCCAGAUCGAUGAGGAGAAUUAUCUCCACCAGGCCUACUUGAACCUGGAGAAUUCUGGCCGCGAACUCGAGGCCAUCGUAGUGGGCGAGGUCCAAAAGGCUUACAACGCCUACGCUGGCAUCCUCAAGCGCGAGUCCGACGCCGCUUACAACACCAUUGAAGAGCUCCGCGUCGGCCCCAUCUCCAUGCCCAAAGACCAUGAGUGGGCGAACUUCGUCCAGAGAGACGACCAAUUCGUGGAUCCAGAUAUUCCACUUCGGUCCGCUGAACACAUUCACUACCCUGGUCGAGAACACGUCGCUUGCCAGGAAAUUCGCGCGGGACUUCUUGAGCGCAAGAGCAAGUACCUCAAGAGCUACACAGCUGGUUGGUAUGUACUUUCUUCGACUCAUCUCCAUGAAUUCAAAUCGGCAGACAAGGGCCAGGCCCCCGUCAUGUCGUUGUACCUUCCAGAGCAGAAACUGGGUUCGCACUCUAGCGAGGGCGGGUCUUCGAACAAGUUUAUCCUCAAGGGUCGCCAAACUGGAUCGAUGCAUCGUGGCCACACUUGGGUCUUUCGGGCUGAGAGCCAUGAUACAGUGAUGGCUUGGUAUGAAGACAUCAAGGUCCUUACUGAGAGGUCCCCUCAAGAGAGGAGCGAGUUUGUACGCGGACAUGUACGAAGUCUGAGCCAGUCUUCACAACGAUCCACGAGCAGUGACGGUGUGCUCGAAGAUGAUGACGAUGACGAACCAUUCUCGGCGGGCACGGCGGUUGCAGCAAGCACGAGUUCAAGACAAGAUGCCCGCCGUCCCGAAGCAGGUGGGCGGUUCCCAUCUGACAUCCAGGUCAACGCGCAGCGAGGCUUACAGGCACCUCUUUCGCCCUCUAGUGUAAGCUCCGGACUCGACAAUUCUGAUCGUGACGCAGUCAUGCCAUCCGCUGCCUUACCAGGUAGUAUGUUGGGUGUCUAUCUCGGUUCUGACGAGCACCCGAAUGGAUAUGGGGGUACGGACCAGACGCCAAUGGAGGAGAUCCCGUCUCAUGCUGCUAUAGUGACCCAGCAAGCUCGCGAGGACGGGGUGAAUCCCUACACGCGCGAGUCACUUCACCGAUCGCAAUCUUUGACUCGUGGUCAGCAGGCAGCCUAUGUUCCCGACACCGACGUGCAAAGAACUCAAAGCCAACACGCGACACCCGACAAUCAUGAGGGGGGCUCCAGUCCAGUAGCAUCGGCCGAUUAUGGCCACGUUCUCGAGACACCCGGCGGCAACGGACAAUACGACCAGUGGAUGAACGGCACCAGAAAGCUCUCUCCAGGCAAUUCCACCAACAAUGUUUCCGUCGCCAAAACAGGCAAUGAACGUACCCAUAGUAAUGAUUACCUCCAACAAAACGUCUCACCCGGCGCUGCUGUCGCCACGUUCAUUCCCAGAAGCCAGGGUGCGUCUCGUGAACAGCAACCAAUCUCCGCUAUCCGGCCUACGUCCGGCACUGUCAGAAACGACAGCGUUCCAACAAUCUCCAAUCUUCACAUUCCCGGGGAAUACCCAAAGGGAAACGCAGCAACAAUUGAAUCGAGUCGAUGA